GUUGACUCUCCAGUGGACAAGGGAUUAAUGCCACACAGCAAGGACUCUCCUUCUCCCUCAGCGGUCCAUGGAAAGAGUAGUUAAGACCUCGAGCGGUUUAACUGAGCAGGUUAUAAUCCAGAAAGAGUCUAUUUCCUCAGAAAAGCCAUAGAAAUUCCAGAGCAGAUUAACUAAUAAUGCGUAGCAAAAGCAUUGUUUUUUUCCUGGUUAGAUUUUUUGACUGUUGUUAAAGGGAACUUUUUAAAUAUAAUGUAACAUAUUGAAGUGAAUGGUCUGAAUGGACUCCAUGGAAUCUUGGUCUCUCUCUGAAAAAAACUCUUGCUGUGAAGGCUGUGUUUGUUCACAGUAGGAUGCUUGCUAAAAUCUGGACUUUUCUUCAACAAAGGCAAGGCUGGUGCAUAACGGAAUCUAUAUAACAGCUUUUGUGUCUCAAGUGAAGUAUUUGAUUUAUUUUGAAGUCAAACCUUUUAGAUGUACUUUGUCCAGAUGUUCUAUAAUGGGAACAAACAGGUAGGCUACAAGUCUCAUCAAGUGUAGUACAACGUUUUUUAAACUUGUUUUUUUAACUUGAGUGUUUUUACUCGCUGGCAUUUUUAGACGUGUUACAAAAGAAGUUGAAGAGGAGAAUCACAUUCCUUGCUUCAGCAACUUCUCUUCUCAAGCAAACCCACUUCUAGUUGUGUCUCACAGCCAUGGCCUUUGGAGACCUUCUAGAACAGGUGGGCAGCACAGGCCGCUUUCAGGUCCUGCAUGUCACCUUGCUCUGUAUGCCCAUCCUUAUGAUGGCCAGUCAUAAUCUGUUGCAGAACUUUGUGGCCUCAGUACCCCCCCACCACUGCAGUGUCCACAGGAACCUGUCCCUGUCUAGGCUGAGCCCGGAGCAGGUUCUGCUGCUCACCGUGCCCCAGGACAUUAAGAACAGCAGGCCGGAGAGAUGCCUGCGCUAUGCUGCGCCCCAGUGGCAGCUCCUGUCAGAGAAUGGGACCUACAGUCCAAAAGUGGAGAGCGAUAGUAGUGAUGAUACUGAUGACCUUCUAGAUGCAGAGCUGCAGGGCUGUAAAGAUGGAUGGGAGUAUAGCAUGACAGAGAUGAGCUCCACAAUUAUCUCUGAGUGGGACUUGGUCUGUGAUCUUCGCUCGUUGAAGCAGAUGGGACAAACCAUUUAUAUGGGAGGGGUGCUUGUGGGAGCUGUAAUCUUUGGGGGACUGUCGGACAGAUUUGGACGGCGUUUCCUGCUGCUAAUCUCCAACCUGUUGAUGGCAGUGGGAGGGACGUGUGCUGCCUUCUCCACCUCAUUCUCCGUCUUCUGCCUCUUCCGCUUCAUCACUGGCAUGGCCCUUUCUGGCCUGGGGCUCAACUCCUUCUCUCUCAUUGUGGAGUGGAUUCCCACAAGAGUGAGGACAGUGGUGGGUACAGGGACAGGCUACUGUUACACAAUGGGUCAGCUGAUCCUGGCAGUAGUGGCCUACUUCAUUCGGGACUGGCGCUGGCUAACGCUGGCUGUCUCCGUACCUUUCUACAUCACCUUCCUCUACUCAUGGUGGUUCCUGGAGUCUGCAAGAUGGCUCGUCCUGAACAGAAAGUCUGAGCAAGCGGUCAAAAAUCUCAAAACAGUGGCCCGAAUCAAUGGACGCCGUGAAGAGGGUGACAGAAUCAAUCUUGAAAUGCUGCAGGAUUCCAUGAAGAAAGAGAUGUCCUGCUCACAGGGCUCCUACUCUGUAGUGGACCUGCUCCGCACGCCCACCAUGAGGAACAUCACCAUCUGUCUCAGUGCUGUCUGGUUCUCUACCAGCUUCGCCUACUAUGGUCUAUCUAUGGAUCUGCAGAAGUUUGGCGUGGACAUCUACUUGAUUCAAGUGAUAUUCGGAGCGGUGGACAUCCCUGCCAAAGUAGUGGUUACAGUGUCCAUGAGUAUAUUUGGGCGACGGCCCUCACAGUGCGCUGCACUCAUAUUGUCUGGAGUCACCAUUUUGAUCAACAUAUUGGUGCCAUACGAAAAACAGACCGUGCGCACCACUCUAGCCGUGCUGGGUAAGGGGUGCCUGGCCGCGUCAUUCAACUGCUGCUACCUCUACUCUGGAGAGCUGUACCCCACCGUCGUCCGGCAGAAUGGCAUGGGCUGGGUGUCCAUGAUGGCUCGUGUAGGAGCGAUGGUGGCCCCCAUGGUGCUGCUCCUUGGGGAGGCUGUCCCGUGGCUGCCUGGCUUCAUCUAUGGGGUAGCCCCCAUCUUAAGUGGGGUGGUCGCCAUCUAUCUGCCAGAAACACUUGGUGCACCACUACCCGACACUAUCCAGGAUGUGGAUGAGAGGAAAGUCGAGACACAGUCUCAAGAGCAGUAGAAUAUUGAACACUGUACCAGGAGUAGCAAAGUGAGAACGACUCCCAACUGCAAACUAGCUUCCUUUAUUUUCUUUCUUUCAGAAGUUGCAAGAAAUUAAUCCCCAAUGCCUCGCCCAAGAAGGAGGAGCUGGACAUGAAAGAUACCAAUAAUACCCUGUUCAAGGAAGCUGCCUGAAGACUCAUCAAAUGUUACUGACCUUGCCUGUAUAGUCUAAAUAGAUACUGCAGUUGCUUGCUCUAUAGUUUUUUCACAAAGACUGUAAGGUAGCAAUCAAUAUUGUAACUGGUCCACUGGUGUAGGAGGAAUUACCAUGAUUUGUUUUGGAAGACUGAUGAGCUAUGAGCUUAGUAGAAUAAUGAAAUGAUCUGCUGUGGUCUGUUUAACAUUUAAUAUUUCAACAGUAAAACAUGAAUUAAUGCUAGAUUGUGAGUAAAUAAAUAUAUGCUACAGUAUAUUGUGUAUUCUAACUACAACUUUAUUUGCAUCUUUCUAUGGGCCAGGCCUAUAUUUUUAUGUUCUAUACUUGUAUGCAUUCAUUAAAAUAAUGACAACCUUA